AUGAAGGAACUGCUUUACUAUACAUUCAUUGAAACUGAAGUGACUGGUGCAUUUUUGGUGUUUAGGGAAAAGACUCAAAACCUUGUUUUUGCCUCGUUAGGUAAUGAUAAGCUUUUUUUAUUGGGAAAGGUGGAAGGCUUCUUGAAGAAACAUGAGAAACAGGAUACAAUGUACGAUUUACAGGAACUAAAAGAGGCAGAAACAUAUAAGAAAUCAAUCGAAAAUUAUACAAUAUGUUUAGAAAACAAAAUGCCAUUACCAUCGGGCGCUAUUCCCUUUGAGUUCCUGUUUGGAACAGAUUUUCAACGUAAAGUUUGGAAUGAGCUUUUAAACGUGGAACACGGCCACGUCGUAACAUAUGGUGAUAUUGCAAAGAGAAUAGGGAAGCCAACUGCCGCAAGAUCUGUCGGAAGAGCUUGCGGCUCAAAUAACCUGGCAUUGUUAGUACCUUGCCAUAGAAUCGUUGGUAGCAAUAGAAAAUUAACCGGAUAUAAAUGGAGCUGUAAACUGAAAGAACAGUUAUUAAAUAAUGAAAAGGAAAAUAGCUUAAGCCUUAGUAGAUUGUAG